AUGCACGAAGCAUUAGUAAAUCUAGUUCCAUUUAUAUUCAAAAUGUUUAUCUUGGAUUGGUUCACUGGCGUCCUUGGAUUUUUGG